CUCUGUUAAAUGUAAUAAUCAAGUGGAGGGAAAAGCAGUUCAUACAUCAGAAGUUGCAAAGUAAAGAAAAAAAUGCAGUUGGCACUCAUGCAAACGUGUUAUUUAUUCUAAUAAGAGUAUGAGAGGGCUGAAUUCCUUUUAGACAAAUGAGUUGAUUGUAGGAAUACCCAGACCAACAAUUUGUUCACACGAGUCAUAUAUUAUUUACUGAAACCUGCAAUUUACAGCACUUGAAAUAUAAGUAUUACUGCAAAUCUUUUUCCUAAUAGGGCACUCAAGAAAGUGAGACAUUUUGCAGAACAUCAACACAGAGUAAACCAAACAGGUAUGCGCUCUUGUAUAUGGCACAGUCAGUAUGCUUUGGCAGGCUUUCAAGCAACAGAUUACACGAGAUAAUGCCUUGAGGUCACAAAAAAGUACACUUCUAUUUCUUGCUUAGAUGUAAACACAGGGCUUUGGUAGAGUAGACUAAUAUUGAGCCAAAAUGACAGACGCUCUCAGACAGAUACAUACACACAACUUGUCUGCCAAAGAACCUCUUCAGCUUGAACAUUUCAUCUAUGAGAUAAAACAGAGCUGAAUAAGCGAGUAGGGUUGCCAAUAGAGGCGAGGGAGAGGAACAGAGAGAGAGAGAGAGAGAGAGACGGGGAGAGGGGGAGAAAGAGCAGCGGGGAGGGAGAAAGGGUGAUGAUAAAACUCCACUGCGAACCCUUCUGUAAGCUCAGUCAGAGCAAAGGAGCAACUGAGACCAGAGGGACAGAGAGCGUGACUGCAAAAAGGGGACCUGUCGCACAACAAAUCACCGCUCUGUGAUGUUGCAUGUGGUGACUUGUUGGAGUUAGCAAGGAGUUGUGUCAAAAAGAAGCAGAUGAGCUACCUGUAAAGUGUGUGAGAAGAGAAGAAGUUUGGAUAAAGAUCAAACCUGGACUUCAUCCAUCUCCUCUUGGGCUUUGUUCCCUCCGCAUCCCGCCGUGGGGUGCACAGUGUGCGGACAGACAGAUUGAUUUGAACACUGCAUCCUCUGAUGAAAGCCCGACUUUUGCGGCUUUUUCCAGCCACCGCACAACUUUGCAGGAGUCUGGAUCCACUGCUCAGUGUGAGAAACAGCAGGAGAGAGCGGGGGGAAAAAGAGAAUAUUGCCAUCCAUCUCUAGCCCACCCUCAGCUUUGGACGCCCCUCCUCUCUGCCUCUUCUUUUGCCCCCUGUAUCCCCCCCACACCCCUCCUCCUCCUCCUCUCUACACCUCACCCCCCAACAGAGCAGAAAGCGUGAAAAAUCUCACUAAUGGGUUUAUUUGCUGUCAGAUCUGCGCCGAUCUGUCAUUCCCUUGGACCAUUCUGCUUGACACAUUUCAUAGUUGAGUAAGCCUCCUAGCUUUCUGGCUGGAGUGAACAGUGCCCCUGCGACGUUGUGCUGGCUGAGAGCUCAUCAGGAGGGGAGCAACGGCGGCAGCAGUCAGUCUGACAGUCUCUUGGACAGGGAGUCCCUGAAGCUGCAUUCCUCUGGUCUCCUUCCCCCCGUUGGGACUUUGUCAGCCUUGUGGGCAUCCUCAGCUUCUGCCUGAUCGCUCUGCUGCAGAAGAUUCGGGCUGUUUCUGCAGAGAUUCUGGUCCUGAUUGAAGAAAAGUGUGAAGAUGUGGUGUGGGGCUGGGCCUCUGGCCGUGGUGGCGGCAGUGUUUUGGACUCAGUGUGUCCUUCUGGAUGGGGUGGAUGCCAAAAAGGAGAGAAAAAGGCCAAAGGAGGCCACCCCACAACACACAGAGACCUACAAUGCUACUAUGUCCAACAGUGAGGAGGUCGGUGGCAGCAUCAAGAUUUCAGACAACCAGCGAGUGGAUCCACUGGGAUCAUGGAUGGACUUUGUCAAAAGACCUGUUGGCAACUUCCCUGGAAAAUGUCGCAAACGCAAACGACCUCUGCCCGGCCCACCUGGUCCUCCAGGUCCUCCUGGUCCACAGGGACCUCCUGGCUCUCCUGGGGCUGAAGUGACACAGGAAGUUCUUCUGCAGGAGUUCAAAGACAUGAUAAAAGAGGCUACAGAGAGGAGAGCAGCAGCUCUGGACAGACAAACCAGCCCCAGCCAGCUACCGACUGCUCUCCUCACCCUGGAGGGGAUGACCUCCUACCGGCGAAUAGAGGAGGCUUUCCACUGCAAGCUCAAGGGACCCGUGGUGGUCGACAAGAAGACUCUGGUGGAGCUCCAGAACUUUCAGACGCCACCAGCUAAAGGAGCCUUCCUCAGAGGGUCGGGAAUGGACCAGUCCACUGGGAGAUUCACGGCUCCCAUCACUGGGAUCUACCAGUUCUCUGCUAAUGUCCACAUUGACCACAAUGAGGUGAAGAGGAGCAAGAGUCAGCUCAAGGCCAGAGAUAAUGUUCGGGUGCUGAUCUGCAUCGAGUCACUCUGCCACAGAUACACCUCACUGGAGAUGAUUGUUGGAUUAGAAAGUAACAGCAAGAUAUUCACUGUAAGCGUGCAGGGACUGCUGGAGCUACAGGCAGGGCAGUACACCUCCAUAUUUGUGGAUAAUGCAGCAGGCGCUUCGAUCACAAUACAGAACGGCUCAGAUUUUAUGGGCAUGCUGCUUGGUGUAUAGCCUCCCAACACGAACAUGGCAACAUCAAAGCCAUCACUGCUGCAAUUUUUGUUUUUCUGUUUUUUUAUUCAUUGGACUGCUUAUGAGCACCAUCACACAGAACCAAACCACAGGGUAGGUUUGAAGGAAGGAAGUGAGGCUGACAUGAACUUUACUGCUUGUCAGAUGGCGAGAGGACAGUGUGAAGAACUCGAGGACUUCGUUUGUUUUUCACGGUGCACCACUGACUCUUCCCUGAGGAACUUGUGACUUCACCAGUAAAAUAACCUGAAAAUAGAGCAGUGAAUACGUCUGUUACAGUAUAUUUUUGUGGUUGUUGAAGACGUUUGCGACAAACCAAAUCAAUGUUUUUAACGAUCUCUCAUUAGAUGUCGGAAGAGCUGGGGAACACGAGAAAGUACAUUUGUGAGCUUAAUGUAACUGACAUGUUAAUGUUUGUUGUCUACAUGAUCUAUAUGUACACACUCAUAGUUAUUUUUAUCAUGGAUUAAAUCUCACAUUUAUAUAUGUUAUAUGGUACAUAGACUGUGAGUACACUGGACAAUGGAAACAUGCUCAAUAGACAGAAUAUGGCCUCAAAAGAUCACACAUGGCAAUUUCAGUAGUUCAGUCCACUAUUUUGGCUCAGACAUAGAUAUCUCAACAGCUUUUCAAUGGAUUGCCAUGUAAUUUUGCACAAACAUACACGUCCCCAAGAGGAUAAAGCUCUCUAACUUUGAUUGUCCCCUGACUUUUUAUGUAGCCUCUCUAUGGGGUUGAUAUUUGUAGUUUUGGGUAAAGUAUCAUAAGACCUGUUGGAUAUUUGGUGUGAAAUUUGGUGCAGACAUUCAUGUCCCCCUCAGGAAGAAUUGAACACUUACACAAACAUCAAUAUGAUAAGAACUACCUAAACUGACAAAAUAUAUUUGGUUAAAAAACAUUAAUGAAAAAAUUGGCGUGUACUUUGAGGCUUGAGUUUGGCCCAUGUGCCAUCUGCCAACAUGGAGGUUUAGGUUUAUGAACUGUACUGCAGCCAGCCACCAGGGGGCGAUCAAUAAGUUUUGGCUUCACUUUUGGGAGCUGUCAUGUCAUCCAUGUUUAUAUACAGUCUAUGAUUUGUGCAGCAGUUACUACUCCAGGACUCUUAUUGGCGCUGUACUAAAUGACACCACCUUACUUAUAAUGCUAGUGUCACUAGCAAACAAACUUGGUUUCUAAAUCUGCAUGCUGACAUUUCUCUUUGUCUGGUAUCAAUAUGAGCCCAAGUUUAAUAAUGUACACUUCUGAAAAUCCAAAGACACAAGUAAUUCAAUCUUCAAGCAAUGAUCAAUAGCAAUUGGCUGCGCUCACAUAUGUCCACUCAAGUUAAAGUUUAAGAAAUCUAAACUCUGUGCUACCGGCAGAGUCACACCACACACACAAAAACAGAGGACGCACAUGCAAAAGCUGUUUUUCCGCAAGAAUGUUCAUUAUUUUUCCAGAUAAACUUUGACUAUAAGAGAAUGUUUUUUUAACCUUAAGAUUAUUUUUACAGUCUGUUUUGUGUUAUCAAUCAUCUUUUUAUUUUAUACUGUAUUUUAUUAUUUUCCUGAUAUGUAGAUGUUUGUAAUUUAUAAUAACUAACAAUACACCAGUGAUAUUGGAAAGCAUUGAAAUUUGACAUGGUAUUUAUGUUUGAGGAAAUGUAUGAAUCACUUGUUGAUUGACGCUCUUGUGGACUCUUGAAACCACAGAUUAUUGCAAGAAUAAAAUUAUAUCUUUUUA